AUGCGACCUCACACUGGGCAUGGCUACAUUCUCACCAGCCCACACACAAUCAUAUCUCCCCUCAUACGUCGGGAUGCACCCGGCCACGUAUGGGGUCUGUCAACACGCCGGCUAAUCCAAAGACGCAUGCGACCUCACACUGGGCCUGGCUACAUUCUCACCAGCCCGCACACAAUCAUCUCCCCUCAUACGUCGGGACGCACCCGGCCACGUAUGAGGUCUGUCAACACGCCGGCUAAUCCAAAGACGCGUGCGACCUCACACUGGGCCUGGCUACAUUCUCACCAGCCAUCAUACUGUCACUUAGGCCUGGCUACAUUCUCACCAGCCAUCAUACUGUCACUUGGGCCUGGCUACAUUCUCACCAGCCAUCAUACUGUCAUAUCUCCCCUCAUACGUCGGGACGCACCCGGCCACGUAUGGGGUCUGUCAACAUCCGAGGAGGUUCUACAAGCUCUAGAACACAUGUCCUGCAAGUUUGGUCCAGAUCGGACGGUCGGAUCGCUCACGAUCGCAGGAUCGGACGGACCAUCCAACGGUCCAAACCUAGCGAACCCGGAAAAUACGCGAUAUGCGAUAUCCGUUCGGGACUCUAACGGUACCCAAAAUGAGAUCCGAGCACACCUACGCGCUCGUGACAUCGAGAGGAUCACAGUGGGACAAAAAUGCCCCUCAACUACAGUGCCCACGCGCCGCCACACGCGCCGGCAGCGCGUGGGUGUCCAAAGCGAUAUCGCAUCGCCGGAAAACUUCAAAAUCAAGAGCCAAGACUCCUAUUCUAGGCUACAAAUUGAUGCAAUCCUACCCAACCAUCAGCUAGAUCAUGUAGAAGGGAUGAAUUUCCAUACCUUGAUCGCCAAAAAUGGCGGCCGGAAGACGGAGAACGAAGCCGGCGAAGUUUCGGGCGAAACCGAGCUUUUCUCUUCGAUUUUCCGGCGAAAUCUCGACGGCUGGCGGCGGGACCUGGCUGGGGUAGGAAGAGGACGGCGGCCCGGUCAUUUUGGUACCGGCCCCGUCGACUUUGGUGGCCGGACAAGAGCACGGCCGGCCAAAACGUGGCCGGCUGUUUCAGCCGUCGCGAACCAGAGGAUACGAAAGAUACGAAAGAUAAAUUAUGUUUGUGCCUGUGCACCUAUGUGA